AUGCUCCCGAUUGUGCUCGAACCGUCCCAGAUUGCUGGGUUUUUCGUGUUUAUUGCCUCGCUCAGCGGAAUUCUCGCUAAUGGAGCCGUGGUUUGGUGGGUCACGAAAUUGCCGUCGAUGCAGAAUUCCUUCGGCCGACUCGCCAGAAAUCAAGCCCUUGCCGGAUUCUGUCAUGGCUGCGGCUUUCUAUUCUAUUUUUCUCCUAUGCUAAUGCUGAAAUUAACGUUACUAAAAACCGCUGAGGUAUCGGCUUAUUUCGGGCAUUUUCAGUUGAUUUGCUAUGAUGCUUGUAACGCUAGCCACUUCUUCAUCUCCCUAAACCGCUACGCGUUUUUGCCGAGUAUUUGGGCUUAUCGAAUAGCCGACUGCCGCCUCAUCUACAGCAACGAAUCUUGGGGUUACGUUUUUGCUGGUGGUGAAAUUUGCGGUCCGAUCGGAUGGUGGUACGACGUCUACAAGACCGUUGCCACAAUAGCCCUUAUCGUUCUCCUCGAUCUGAUCACUUUUGUGAAAUGCCGGAUUCAUGAGAGCCAGCUGAUCGACCGGAUUUCCGACGCGCAGACACGGGCACGAAAUAAAAACGAGAUCCACUUUGUCACACAGGCUUGUCUCCAGGGCUCGAUAUUCCUCCUUGAGCUCGCCACCUACUUCAUCUUCUCCCAGUGGGUGGAGGCGAAGAUACUCAAGUUCUUAUUGACAACGCUGGCCUGGAUUCUUGUGCACGCAAUUGAUGGAAUGGUCGCCAUCGCGUUCAAUCGGGAAUUCGCACGAAAAUGUCGUGGAUCAGGAACGUCGAUCGGGCACACUCGGACGGACCGGCAAACGGAAAAUUCGUACUCCACGAGUCGACGGCACGAGCCGUUGACGGCCACUCAAAUUCAGCUAUCGAUGGCCAGACCGGAAAACGAUCUUGUUUUC